AUGAUUUUCUCUUACUCACUAUCCACUCUUGUCUGUUUGACUUCAGGAGAGAGUCAUGUUGUCAUAAAUUCCACGUCUUGUCCCGAGGGUUGGACUGCUUUCAACAGUCGCUGUUUCCUCUACGUUCCACGAUCCCUGAGUUGGGCUGCGGCUGAGAGAAACUGUAUGUCCAUGGGUGGACACCUUGCAUCUGUACACAACAUCCAGGAGUACCAUCAGAUUCAGACAUUGAUAUUGAGCGCCACUCAUUAUCAAGGAUUAACAUGGAUUGGGGGAUCUGAUGGACAACAGGAGUAUUAUUGGUUCUGGAGUGACGGAACGUCUUUCGGCUUUUCUCACUGGUGUCCUGGAGAGCCUAAUAACUUUAAAGGUCAUCAGAACUGUGCAAUUGUUAAUCAUUCAGAUCGGCAAUGCUGGGAUGACCUUUGGUGUGAUUGGCAGCUGCCAUCUGUCUGUGUCAGAAACGGCUGAUAAACACUUGAAGAACGUGUCAAAAACACAAACACUGAUCAAUUUGUGUUUGUGUGUCUGCGAGGAAACUCUCUCUUCAGCCACCAGUCUCAUAUUUAACCUGAAGGCUCUAUAUCUCAUUUUACAUCUUUAUUACU